CUUGUCACUGUACUGGAUGGACUGCCAAACUAUUGAAUUGCUUCCAUCUUUUGACCACACUAGGAAAUUGUCCAUGGAGUUGAAAUAUUUAUUGCAGUAAUUUCCGGCCUUACAUAAUUGAGUCAAGGCGAAGAGUCUUUAAGAUUCAAUAAACCGGCUAUUCAGAAGAAUCACGAGUACCGCACAAGUGGGACACGUGGGCCAUGCCAUCAACCGCACGUUGAGAGUUGAAUGCGCUUGGGAACUUAAUGCAUAAAAUUUGCAUGACUCCUCACUCCUUUCUGGAUCUGUCAUUGGAUUCAAGCCAGCAUGGCUCAUACCACAAAGGUUAACGGCUGUGCCUCAGGAAACGCAGGCGCAGGCGAUGUUCUGAAUAGAGACCAUGACAAAGAACAGAAAGAUCCUUAUUUUGUGGAGACUCCCUAUGGCUAUCAACUAGACUUAGAUUUCCUCAAGUACGUGGAUGACAUACAGAAAGGAAACACCAUCAAGAAAUUGAACAUCCAAAAGAGGCGGAAGCCCUCCGUGCCAUGCCCAGAAAGCAGGGCCACCCCUGGCCAGCAAGGCUUGUGGACCUCCACGGAAUCUCUCUCAUCCUCCAACAGUGAUGACAACAAGCAGUGCCCCAGCUUCCUCCUAGCCAGAAGCCAAGUUACAUCAACUCCAAUCGCAAGGCCACCUGCCCCUCUGGAGAUCUCACCCACUUUCUUUACCAUCCCAGAAACGCGACAGCUGCCGCCACCCUCACCACAACUCCCAAAGCACAACCUUCAUGUCACCAAGACACUGAUGGAGACCCGGAGAAGACUGGAACAGGAGAGAGUCACCAUGCAGGUGACAUCAGGCGAGUUCCGAAGACCCAGGCUGGCCAGUUUUGGGGGCAUGGGCUCCACGAGCUCUCUCUCCUCCUUUAUGGGUUCAAACCACAAUUCUGCCAUGCACCAGCUUCAGAAUGGAUACCAAGGCAAUGGGGAUUACGGUGGUUACGCCCCAGCUGCUGCCACCACGUCUUCCAUGGGGAGCUCCAUCCACCACAGCCCCCUGAGCUCAGGGAUCUCCACCCCCGUGACAAACGUGAGCCCCAUGCACCUGCAGCACAUCCGCGAGCAGAUGGCGAUUGCCCUGAAACGCCUGAAGGAGCUUGAGGAACAGGUGCGGACCAUCCCUGUGCUCCAGGUAAAGAUCUCUGUCUUGCAAGAGGAGAAAAGGCAGCUGGCCUCACAGCUGAAAAACCAAAGGGCUGCCUCCCAGAAUGAUGUCUGUGGUGUGAGGAAGCGGUCCUACAGUGCUGGGAACGCGUCCCAGCUGGAACAGCGCUCCAGGGCCCGGAGUAGUGGCGGGGAGUUAUAUAUUGACUAUGAAGAGGAAGAGAUGGAGAGCGUAGAGCAGAGCACACAGAGGAUCAAGGAGUUCCGGCAGCUCACAGCAGACAUGCAGGCCCUGGAGCAGAAGAUCCAGGACAGCAGCUAUGAGGCCUCCUCAGAGUUCAGGGAGAAUGGCGAGUGUCGGCCUCCAGAGUGCCGGUCAGUGGCUGUGGGUGCUAAUGAGAACAUGAAUGACAUUGUUGUGUACCACCGGGGCUCCGGGUCCUAUAAGGAUGCCACUGUAGGGACAGUCAUUCAGACAAGGGAUUCUGGGGUCAGAGUGACAGAGGCAAUGCUCGGAGUGACUACUGAAGCGGACAAAGAAAUUGAACUGCAACAGCAGACCAUAGAAGCCUUAAAGGAAAAGAUCUACCGCCUGGAAGUCCAGCUGAAAGAAACCACCCAUGACCGAGAGAUGACUAAACUCAAGCAAGAGCUUCAGGCUGCUGGGUCAAGGAAAAAAGUUGACAAAGCCGUAAUGGCCCAGCCGCUUGUUUUCAGCAAGAUGGUGGAGGCAGUGGUGCAGACGAGAGACCAAAUGGUUGGCAGGCACGUGGACAUAGCCGACACAUGUGUUGGGACCUCUGUGCAAACAAGUAGUGUGGGCAUCUCCUGCCGGCCCAAUUGUGAGAAUAAAGUCGUGGGGCCCGAGCUGCCCAUGAAUUGGUGGGUUGUUAAGGAAAGGGUGGAAUUGCGCGACCAAUGCACUGGGAGGUCUGUGGAGACGUGCGACAAGAGCAUGGGUGUGGAAAUCAGCGUCUGUGAAACAGGCAGCAACACGGAAGAGUCUGUGAACGACCUGACACUCCUGAAGACCAACCUGAAUCUCAAAGAAGUACGAUCUAUCGGUUGUGGCGAUUGUUCUAUCGAUGUGAUUGUCUGCUCUCCAAAGGAAUGCACCUCCCGGAGCAUAAACACUGAGGCUGUGGGCCAGGCAGAAGCUGCUAUCAUGGCGGUGCCUCAUACCACAAGCCAGCACACCAACACAGUUUUGGAACAGGUGAACCAGUUCACCAACACCGAGACGGCCACCCUUAUAGACUCCUAUACCAAUACUUCCCUCCACACUUUGGACAAGCAGACCAGCACCUGGACUGUGGAGAUGCGGACGGUGGCUGUGGGAGAAGGCCGUGUCAAGGACAUCAAUUCCUCCGCCAAGGUGCGGUCCAUCGGAGUUGGAACGGUACUCUCUGGCAAUUCUGGGUUUGAGAGGCCAUCAGCUGUGAAGACCAAAGAGUCAGGAGUAGGGCAGAUAAAUAUUUGUGACAACUAUCUGGUUGGUCUCAAAAUGAGGACCAUAGCUUGUGGGCCUCCCCAGUUGACUGUGGGGCUGACGGGCAGCAGGAGGAGUGUAGGCGUUGGGGAUGAGCCUGUAGAAGAGUGUGUGGAGCGCCCCCAGACCCAGGCUCCCCCUAGAAUGAUGACCGGCUUGGAUCACUACAUUGAGCGCGUCCAGAAGCUGCUGACGGAACAGCAGACGCUGCUGGCUGAGAACUAUAGUGAACUGGCAGAAGCUUUUGGGGAACCUCACUCACAGAUUGGCUCUCUCAACUCUCAGCUCAUCAGUACCCUGUCAUCAAUCAAUUCUGUCAUGAAGUCUACAAGCACUGAAGAGCUGAGGAACCCCGACUUCCCGAAAACAAGUCUGGGUAAAGUUGCAGUAUGUACAAAUAAUGAAAGUACACUGAAGUCCAUCAUGAAGAAGAAGGAUGGCAACAAAGAUUCAAAUGGAACAAAAAAGAAUCUUCAGUUUGUUGGCAUUAAUGGAGGGUAUGAAACAACUUCAAGUGAUGAUUCCAGCUCAGAGGAAAGCUCUUCUUCCGAGUCAGAUGACGAGUGUGAUGUCAUUGAGUGCCCUCCUGAGGAAGAGGAGGAGGAAGAGGAGGAUGAAGACACUCGGGGAAUGGCGGAAGGGCACCAUGCAGUUAAUAUGGAAGGUUGCAAGUCUGCCAGGGUGGAAGAUGAAAUGCAGGUUCAAGAAUGUGAACCUGAGAAGGUGGAAAUCAGAGAGAGGUAUGAAUUAAGUGAAAAGAUGUUGUCUGCAUGCAACUUACUGAAAAAUAAUAUAAAUGACCCAAAAGCUUUGACCAGCAAGGAUAUGAGGUUCUGUCUGAACACCCUCCAGCACGAGUGGUUCCGCGUGUCCAGUCAGAAGUCAGCCAUCCCAGCCAUGGUGGGGGACUACAUAGCUGCCUUUCAGGCCAUCUCCCCAGAUGUCCUUCGUCACAUCAUCAACAUGGCCGAUGGCAAUGGCAACACGGCCCUCCAUUACAGCGUGUCGCACUCCAACUUCGAGAUUGUGAAGCUGCUCUUGGAUGCUGACGUGUGUAACGUGGACCACCAGAACAAGGCGGGGUAUACCCCCAUCAUGCUGGCCGCUCUCGCCGCUGUGGAAGCGGAGAAGGACAUGCGAGUGGUGGAAGAACUCUUUGCCUGCGGGGACGUGAAUGCCAAGGCCAGCCAGGCAGGACAGACGGCCCUCAUGCUGGCUGUCAGUCAUGGGCGGAUAGACAUGGUUAAGGGCCUGCUGGCCUGUGGGGCUGAUGUCAACAUCCAGGACGAUGAGGGCUCCACCGCCCUGAUGUGUGCCAGCGAGCAUGGGCAUGUGGAGAUCGUCAAGCUGCUGCUGGCCCAGCCGGGCUGCAACGGCCACCUGGAGGACAACGAUGGUAGCACUGCGCUCUCAAUCGCUCUGGAAGCAGGACAUAAGGACAUCGCUGUUCUUCUGUAUGCCCACGUCAACUUUGCAAAAGCCCAGUCUCCGGGCACCCCUAGGCUUGGAAGGAAGACAUCUCCUGGUCCCACUCACCGAGGUUCAUUUGAUUGAUUAUGUGCAAAUAGCCAUCCAUUUCCAUGCCACCAUUAAGCUGCUAAUUGUUCCUGUUGGGGUGACAGACACUGAAUGUAUAUGUGUUGUGCCUGAGCUCACCAGCAAACAGAACGUGUAAGCUGAGCCAGCAGGAGACGGCCGGUGGGCACCCACCGCCUCCCCUCUGGCCACCUUCGCUCUGUGUGGGGCACACUUGACCCCAGUCGCUGUUGCUGUUGAGUCUCUGCUCCGUUAUGUACAGUUGUAGGAAACUGUAACCUAACCUGUACGGGCAACUUCUAUUCCUCCUCUCCACCCCGCCACCACUGCUGAGAAGUAUCAGGUUCUCACUGGCGUGGUGUUUUAAAAUUUUCCACAAGUAUUUAUAUUUACUAAUGUGGAACCACUGGAAAGCUCUUUGAAAAUUCCAUUCCAGGAUGGUGUUGCCGAUUUUUUUUUUGUCUUUUAUUAUUUUCAAGUAAGCAAGUUGAGAUGACAUUGAUCAUCAGCAACUUAGACCUGGGCUGGUAGGUUUCUGGUUUCAAAAUAAAAGAUGGAACUCUAAAGAAGUAUCAAACUUACAAAAGGAAAUCUCUUCGGUUGGUUUUAUCUAGGUGGAUGUAUUAUGUGACUUUUUAUAUAAAUGGUAUCUAUAUAAAAUUGACACAGUAUUUUCAACUUUUAUAUUCCAUGGUCAUAAAAGACAUGAAGAACUACAUGUACUAGUACCAUAUAUUCAUUAAUAAUUGCACAACUCUAACAAUAAAGGUUGAAUUGUAUUAGAGGAGUUGGCUAUAUAUUUGCCUCUAGACAAACAUAGUGUAGUUCUCCACGUAUUUAUGGAUUCCUUUAUACCAUGUCACACUUACUUUGGUAUUACAUGUAUUUAAAUGUUUGAAGUGCCUUAGACUCUUGCCAUAUUUUCAAAAUAAACUUUCAUUAAGCUCUUUA